ACACCCCUUUCCGGCUCUGCACGCGGCGCGGGCCAGAGCCCUGGGGGCGCUGUGCUGCCGCCUCCUGGUGUCGGUUUACAGUACGAAUUGUGCCGCCCCGGUACCCUCACUCCCCCGAUUUUCGUUCUGGGAGGCCCUGGCCGGGUGCCGAGAGGGGCGCUGUAUCGAGUGCGACCUCCCCUCCCCCAAAGCAGCGUCCAUGCUAAAGGACUUGAUAGGAAGAACCACUCUGGGAUGGUGAGCUGCAGUUGGGAACCUAUAGGCAAAGUACUGAUUACGAUGAAUGUGAUUUGGAGAAAUUCUGUUUCCUGUCUGAGGAUAAAAAAGGUGCCACAUAGAUACCAAAGUGGUAAUCACCCAAUGGUCCCUCUGGGAUCAAGGAUUUUAACUGACCCAGCCAAAGUUUUUGAACACAACAUGUGGGAUCACAUGCAAUGGUCUGAAGAAGAAGAAGCAGCAGCUGGGAAAAAAGUAGAGGAAAACUCAGCUGUGCGAGUCCUUCUGGAAGAACAAGUUAAGUAUGAGAAUGAAGCUAGUAAAUAUUGGAACACAUUUUAUAAGAUUCAUAAGAAUAAGUUUUUCAAGGAUCGUAAUUGGCUGUUGAGGGAAUUUCCUGAAAUUAUUCCAGUUGAUCAAAAAACUGAACAGAAGCUGCAGGAAUUAUCAUGGGAUCAUGCAAAAACUAGUGCUGCAGAUGGUUUCUCAAGAAGGCACUGCCCUACUAUGCCUGAAGAAAACAAUCAUAAGAAAAGUUGUGGUUCAUCAGGUAGUCAAAGCAAAGUGGGAUCACAUUUUUCCAACCUGGAAUCUAAAGAAAACAGAAAAGGACCUCUGAAGACAGAAUUGUUUCCUGGUAGCAACGCCACUUUCAGAAUCCUAGAGGUUGGCUGUGGAGCUGGAAAUAGUGUUUUUCCAAUUUUGAACACUUUACAGAAUGUUCCAGAGUCCUUUCUUUACUGUUGUGAUUUUGCUUCCAGAGCUGUGGAGCUAGUAAAGUUGCACUCGUCCUACAGAGCAGCCCAGUGCUAUGCCUUUGUUCAUGACGUCUGUGAUGAGGGCUUACCUUACCCUUUUCCAGAUGGGAUACUGGACGUCAUUCUCCUUGUCUUUGUGCUCUCUUCCAUUCAUCCUGACAGGAUGCAAGGCGUUGUAAACCGACUGUCCAACUUACUGAAACCUGGAGGAGUGCUAUUAUUUCGGGACUAUGGAAGAUAUGAUAAGACUCAGCUUCGUUUUAAAAGGGGACAUUGCUUAUCUGAAAAUUUUUAUGUUCGAGGAGAUGGUACCAGAGUAUAUUUCUUUACAAAAGGGGAAGUCCACAAUAUGUUCUGCAAGGCUGGGUUAGAUGAGAAGCAAAAUCUGGUUGAUCGUCGUUUACAAGUGAAUAGGAAAAAACAAGUGAAAAUGCACCGAGUGUGGGUUCAAGGCAAAUUCCAGAAACCAUUACACUUGAUUCAAAAAACCUCCAAGUUGGGAUUUUCACUCCUUUUUCAUGGCUGAAUCAUGAGGAUUACACUGUACAAAGACUUCUGUAGAUCUUUCAUUUUUGAAAGGACAACCAGAAGAAAAGAGAAUUUGUAUAUCCUGCUGUUUAUCAUGGGUGAGCUCUUUUGUUUAAGCACUCGUGAAUGAUUUGGAAGAGUGUACCGUAUUCCGUGUUUUCAAAGCUUAAUGUGCUCAAGCUUGUUUGUGUUUAUGUCUAACCAUUUUGUUUGUUCUCUGAAAUUUAUAAGCUUUCAAUUAAAUUACUGCUAUAAGUCAGAUGAUUCUGAGAAACCAUACCCUGCCAUGUUUUAGAAGUGCAAAAAAAACAUUUGUUUAUAUGUUAGUCUAAUAGAGUUAAACUCUCUUCCUCUCUUAUCUGAUAGCAGAGAGACAGUACUCCUUUGUCCCGUCCCCCCCUCCCCCCGCAAGUCACAAGGCCUAGGUGAAUUUUUUGUUUUCACCUUUUCUGUUUACCCCAAAACUCUUUUUUUUUUUUUUUUUUUAAUUCGGAGACUAAUGUCUGAAAUAGAAUUUUAGUUUCUGUUUCCUAAAAGUGGGGAAGUAUGACCCAUGCUAACAUUAUUUUCAGGCUAUUAUUAGGUGUACACGUUAUUGUAAGCUCUCUUUAAGUCAACUGUUAUACCCCCCCAAAAUUCUUAUUACCACCUUGCCUCAAAAAGGAUUUAAGUUGGCUUGCAAAUUGCACUUUGUAAAAAUGGAGUUUCUAAGAUUGGUUUUUCAUUUGUCAUACAACAUAUACUGAAUACUUUACAUUGUGCUAAAUUAUAUGGACUAAUACAAUAAAUACAGACCCAGCCUUGUCUUCAGAGAGCAUAGAUAGAAUCUGGCUGUCAAAGCAAAACAUGCACAUCCCAAGCUUCUAAAUCACAGUCUCAGAUAAUAUAUAAACAGGUACUCAAAUAGGGAACUUAGCAGCUAGCAGACUUUGAGCCACAGAAAUCUAGAAGAAAUGGAAAUCUCUAGAAGGACUACCAUUGGAAAAAUUCAGUUCCCACUCUUUUUCCUUUUUGAAUGCACUUAAAAUUCAGUUUUCGGAAGAAUGUGAUUGGUCUAACUUGAGUCAUGGAUUCAUCUCUCAACAUUUUGGGGCAGGGAAGCUUCAUUGAUGGUGCCACCUGAAUGUAUGGAGGUGCAGGAAAGUUCCUCAAAGGAAAAGGAAGGCACUGUUAUCAAAAGAAACAGUCACAAACAGCGCGUCCCAGAGUAGUGUUAGUGGCAGCAAUAGUGGUUCCAAAGAGAAAGAUUAGUUGGUGGGAAGGAAGGGGGAAA